AUUGCGUUCAAAAAUCUGUUCAUCGGAGUACAGUAGACAAAGAAAUCUUUUGUCCUAAUUGAUCGAUCGAAAAUUCUAUUUUGACAAAUAGGUUUUUGAAUGCAACUCUAGAGGGGAGAAUUGCAGUUUACUAAUAAUAUAGGACAGCUGAUUCAAAAUAGUGCAGAAUAGCGAGAUAUCAAGAAUAGAGAGAGAGAGAGACAGAAUAAAAAAGGACUCUAUUGAAAUGUGGCCGUACUAUCAUGGUAUGUAAAAAAAUAUCGUAAUCGGCUAAAAUAUUGUUAUUAAAUAUUCGAGUUAAUGAACAACAUGGGGAAUAAAAGCAUAAUUAACUUGAUUUGUGGUGAAUUGCAAUUUAAUUAAUUCAUAUUGUGGGAGAAGCUUUUGAUGAUGGCAUCUGAGGAUAUCAAUCAACAAACAAUGGCAGCUUCCUCGGAAGAAACUGGACAAACUGUUACUAGUACAUUACAACAGGAAAAUAAUGUUAGAGAUUCAAAUUCCAAUAAAUUGCAAAGUCAUGGAAGUAGACAAAAUAAUAUCCAGAGGAUACAGCAACGCAAGCAGCAAAUGUACAAUUGGCCACAAGCCAAGAAAUUAUUGAAGCUUGCAAGUUACAGCGCUUGUCAAGUAGAAGAGUGCAAAUGUAACAGCUGGAAAAAUGCACAACCGAUUACAAAGUCACAGAAAGGCGAGAUACAGCAGCCUGUUUUAAAUUUUUUUGAUCCAUGCAAGAUGUGUACUCAUACUUUAGAAAAUCAUAUUAAGCAUCUAUCUGUACAGUCUGAUGAUGAAAUCAAUAGAUUAUUAGGAAUGGCUAUUGAUGCAGACAAUAUUUUUAUGAGUAUACACAGAGAAGAAGAUAUCGAUACUAGGAAGGUAUAUUUUCAUUUAUAUAAAAUAUUGAGGAGAAGUAUUUUGUCUAUGACAAAAGCAACUGCAGAAGGCCCAUUAGGACAUCCGCCAUUCGAAAAACCUAGUAUAACAAAGGCAGUGAUGAAUUUUGUUUUAUUUAAAUUCAGUCAUUUGCCCCCAAGAGAAUGGCAAGUAAUGUGUGACAUGGCAAAAAUGUUUCUGCAAUGUCUGAAUUGUUGGAAUUUUGAAUCAUCCAGCGCUAAACGAACAAGUGUUUUGGAUCUAAACCCCGCUUACAGAAUUAAUUAUACCCGCUGGCUUAUGUUUUCCUAUGUACCUACGUUUUGUGAUUCUUUACCUCAUCAUGAUACUCCUAUGAUAUUUGGAAAGACUUUGUUACAAGCUGUAUUCAAACCACUUUGUAGAGAAUUAAUGGACAAGUGUCAUAACGAGAGAGAUAAAAUAACGCCAGAGAAGAGAGUUUUACUUUUAACUCAUUUUCCUAAGUUUCUUUCGAUGCUAAAAGUAGAAAUUUAUAAUAAUCAAUCACCUAUGUGGGACCCCGAGUUUAAACAAGCACCGCCUUCUCAUUUGCAAGCUGCAUUGGAAUCAAAGGGACACCAAGCAAGAAAGGCAGGGGAAUUUGAAAGAGUCACUGUGACACCAAAUGAAAAGGAUAAUUACACUACAAUCAAUAUUAGUCCUGGAAUACGAAAGUUUUCCGAAAAGCGUUCUUAUUCCGAAGGACGACACGAUGCAAAAAAACGAAAAGGCGAGGAGGCUUUUGAAGAUCUGCCUGACGAGACCAUUGUUGAAAUUGUUGCGACUAUUAAUGACCCCAAUUAUAUGUGUGGUCCUGAUGCGGUCUUUCCACCGGACGGUCCACGGGAUGAAACUGCUAAAAAUGAAGAAAGUGAGAAAAUCAUAGAAUUUCACAUUGUUGGAAACAGUCUUACGCAACCUGUGUCUAAGCAAACUAUGCUUUGGCUGAUAGGAUUACAUAAUGUAUUCAGCCAUCAAUUAGUCAGAAUGCCAAAAGAAUAUAUAUCUCAAUUUGUUUUUGAUCCAAAGCAUAAAACACUGGCUCUGAUAAAGGGCGGUCGUCCAAUCGGCGGUAUUUGUUUUCGCAUGUUUCCUACUCAGGGCUUCACCGAGAUAGUGUUCUGCGCUGUUACAAGUCAAGAGCAAGUAAAAGGAUACGGGACGCAUUUGAUGAACAUGUUGAAAGAUUAUCAUAUAAAAAACAAUAUAGUGCAUUUUCUUACAUUUGCGGAUGAGUUUGCCAUUGGGUAUUUUAAAAAGCAGGGAUUUAGCAAAGAUAUAAAAUUACCGAAAUCGAUGUAUCAAGGAUAUAUCAAAGAUUAUGAAAGAGCGACAUUAAUGCACUGCGAAUUAAAUGCUAAAAUCGUAUAUACCGAAUUUACAUCAGUUCUAAGAAAACAAAAAGAGAUCGUCAAGAAAUUAAUUUAUCAGAGGCAACAAGAAAUACAAAAGGUUCAUCCUGGCUUAACAUGCUUCAAAGAGGGUGUGAGAGGCAUUCCCGUAGAAUCCAUUCCAGGAAUUCGGGAAACCGGAUGGAAGAGUUAUGCGCAAGCGAGAACGAGAGGUCUGGCGAAAGGAACUCAAAGUUCAGAAGUGGAUUGCAUAGAUAUGUCAGACUCUCUAUAUAAUGCUUUGAACAGUGUUUUAAAUAGUGUAAAGAAUCACAGUACAGCUUGGCCGUUCUUGGAACCUGUAGAUAAGGACGAUGUUCCAGAUUACUAUGAUCAUAUAAAAUAUCCUAUGGACCUCAAAACUAUGGAAGAACGUUUAAAAUCCAGAUACUAUGUAACUAGAAGAUUAUUCAUAGCAGACAUGACACGAAUUUUUACAAAUUGUAGAUUGUAUAAUAGUCUUGAUACUGAUUAUUAUCGCUGCGCCAAUGCUCUGGAAAAAUAUUUUCAAACACGUAUGAAAGAAAUUGGUCUAUGGGAUAAGUAAAAUCUUUUCAAAUACAUCUUCUCUUGUGUGAUAUAAUAUAAGAAAAUACAAAUAUGAUAAAUAUGUAUAUUUGUCUAUAUUAUUUCUUUAUUACUUUUAAGCACACAAUUAUGCACACAGUUUUCACAUAGCCCUUAACUGUAUUAUAAAAUAGUAUUUCUAUGAAGGAAUACUCAUAAAAGAACUAUGAAAAAAAUAAAA